AUGUAUUGCAACCCUUCACGUUGCCUCUGGGUUUCAUGCAGCGCUUUCCAUUCGAGCUACAUCAUCAUGACUGUCUUUAAGUCUUCCAAACUCGCACUCGGCUCGUUGGCGGUUGUGUCUUUUCUUCAGCCAGUUCUUAGUCAAGGCCCAACCUAUUAUCUCGAUCAAUCGUGUAGGAAUAGAGCUGGUUUCAGCGACAUUUUUCCCGAGGUCAUAACUGCCGCUCAGCAAAUUUGGGAUGAUAUUCCGGGAGGCGCUACCGCAUCUCAACACCCUCAACUGAAUGGCUGGCUCCAACUAUUUUUCGGCACUGGCUUUGGUGAUUUAGAGAACCCCAAUGCCCCUUAUGAUUCAAACACGAACAAAUAUUGGACAGACUACAUCAAAACCGUAUACGGGCGUAUGAAAGAUAUGCAGGAGAUUACGACGGUUCGCAAUGCCGACAUCCGCAUAUACUGUGACGGGCAAAGUCGUUAUCAAGCGGUGGAUCAACAGGGAAACCCAAUCACCUCACCUACUCCAGGCACUCUCGCAUUCAAUCAAACCCUUUUUUACGACAGUGUGAACGACGCUGCGAGUCCCGGUGAGGCCUUGAAUUGUUUAAGAAAUAGUCAAAGGCCUAUAGGGGGUCCGUUUGCGUCAGCCAACUAUAAUAUAGGGCAGAACUUCGAGAUUCUUCGCCGGAAUCGGUGGGCAGCAAGCACUCAAAACUCACAACGUGUCACAAUCAAUUUCUGUGAAAGCACCUUCAUGUAUGCUGCGGCAGGCGGAAGACCUGGUCCACCCCUUUACAGUUGGAGAAGUUGGUUGGCUUCUGGGAAAGUAGGCCGAUUCAGAGAACUGGCCAUUAUAUCCCCAAUGGCGCCUCAGGUUCUCGUGCACGAGCUUACACAUACCCCUCAGAUUGGCCAGCUCACUUUCGGAAGCACUGGUCGAAAUUAUCGAGUUUGCCUCGAUGCUCACGUUCCCAAUGCUGCGAACCCCAACAACGUGAUAUGGGGCUAUUAUCAAAAGGGCAACCCCAGAACGCUUGGUGAAAGGGUUAGAACGCCAUAUACCAUUGGCAAUGCGGAUAGCUACGGGUACACUCUAAUGCUAUACCGGAUGCGACAAGACAGAUAUGAUUAUUCAAGACCGAAUAAUGCGGGACCACUGUUAAUCCGUCGUGUGCCGUGA